CACGAUGUGCCUCGCGCGAGGGAAGAGAAGAGAGUAUGGACGAACUGGACGCGUUCUUGGACGAGAGGGUCGGUUCAGACCCGGACCUCCUCCCAGACCUGCUGGAGAGCCUCACAAAGGAGAGAGACGAGCUAGAGCAGCAGGCAAGUCGCACCGCUACAAAACAAUACCACUCGCAGUUUACUCGCGACUCGUUCCCUCGCGAGGGGGAACUCUUUCUCUAACUCUAGCUGCGUGGAGAGGUGGCAGCGGAGGGAGACAACGCGUGGCAGGAGGUGGUGUUUGAAGUAAAGGAGGUUCUCUCGCAGCUUGAGGCUCUCAAGACUACCUGCACACAUCUCUCUGGAGAAGAUGGUGAGGGGGUGAGUCUGGGAAGAGGGGAGGUGGGAGAGUGUGCAGAUGGGCUGAGAGAGAAGGCACAGCAGCUGUUACAGGCUACAGCGCCUCCUUGCCUACCUCAACUGGCUCCUGAAAAUCAUUGAGCUCAGUUCCAGAAUUGAAGCGGAGCUGUCGCCGGGUGGGGACCUCUCCGUGGCUGUUGGUUGCCAUGGAGACCUGGUUACCGUGGCGACACAGUUGGAGUCGUCUCGUUGUCGACACCUCGUGGAGUACUCCGCCUCCUGUGUCGUGUGGUGGGGGGAGAGGUUAAGAGAAAGAACAGUGAGAGAUUUUUCAUCAGUGCUGGCUGAACUACACUGGCCCUUCUCGUCCUCCUCUAUCUCCUAUUCUCUUCACGACCGCAACGAAACUUUCUCAGAACUUUUCCACCUCCUGUUGAAACUGGACCCUCUGGGGGGCCAGCAAAACCUGGGGAACCACGGUAAAAACAUGGACGACCCCCUCCUGUACCCUGUGGAGCAGCUGGUGCAGCCCCUGAGGAGACGAUUUCGUUACCACUUCCUGGAGGAUAGAAGAACAAACCUUCUGGAGAAGCCAGAGUGGUGUUUCACCCAGAUGUCGUCAUGGAUACGAAGCCACACCCCUUUCCUGGAGAAGCUUGUACAGCCGUUGUUGGAAGCAGCAGGUCUGCACCAUGUAGAUGCUGUGGACAUGGUUCAGGACGACCUGUUAAUGGCUCAUCUCAUUGACGAACUGCUUCUCUUUAACCGGGAGCUGAUGUUGCUGGGCUACCCUCCCUCCUCCCCCUCCCCCCUCUCUCUCCUCCUAGACACCACCUCCUUCAGCAAGUGGAUCGCUCUUGAGAGACAGUACCGGUACCGGAACCUGCCCAGCGAGAUCCACCAGUUGAAGUUUGUUGGACUCCAACGAGACCUGAUCCUGGAUUUCCUCCACGACAUCGUCGCGGCUGGAGACGGGACGACAUCGGGGACGGGCCCCCUCUCCCCUCUCCUCUGCUCCCAGCUGAAUGGCUGCAGCUACAUCACGGCUGUUCUCAGAGAGUGGGGAGAAAUGAAGUUCUUUGUGUCCCUCCACUACUCUGAGCAAGACCACACCUCUUCCUCCUCUGACCAUCCCCUCCCCACUGGUCGACCGGACAUUGACACCAUCCUUCAACUGAGGAGACAAGACUCUGCCUUUGCCGAGGUGGAGGGCAACGUUUUCUCCGCCGUCUCCUCUGAGUUCAGGACACACUCGGGCGUCCUACAGGACAGACUGGUCCAGCAGGAACUGGAGAGAGAUGCGGGGGAGGUGGCAUGGCAGGAAUUGUCCGUCUCUCUCUCGGCGGUCCUUCCUCAACUCCAGGGACAGCUGGCUUUCCUCAGAGACCACCUCUCAACCCCCCAGUUUGCCGCCGUUUUCCAGAGGACAGCCAACCAUAUUGAUCAGGUCCUCUUCAGUGAGGUUAUUUUGUCAACUCAUUUUGGAGUGGGUGGAGCCAACCAGUUGAACUUUGACCUCACGGCGGGGUUCCUGCCCGUCUUGUCCCAGUUCUGUGAGGACGACCUGUCGGCACGUCAGCUGAUGGAGAGGUGUAGGGAGUCUUGUCGUCUGCUAACUCUCUUCCCCGGCUCCGCAAAACUGCUCCAGGAGCUGCUGGUGGGUGUGGUCAGGGGUGGAGCAACCACACCCAUCGAGACUUACACCGCAGCCGUGACAACACUCAACGAGUUUGGAGUCCAUACUUUGGAACCAGUUCAGGCGUACCAGAUUCUGUCCAACAUGAUAGUUCAACAAACUUAGGUCUAAUAUUUUUGAAGUUGGAAAACAUUUUUUGUACCUGACAACUACAUACGUAACUGUGCACACAUUAAUUGUAGCCCACAAUCCAAAAAAGAAGUAAAGAUAUAUGUAUAAUGGGUUGACUUGGCCAA